AUGUUAGCUGGAUUGGAUAUAAUCUUUCUUAUACUGUCGACAGCAGAAUUCAUAAUUGGAAUGUUGGGGAAUGUGUUUAUUGGACUGGUAAACUGCUCUGAAUGGGUCAAGAACCGAAAGAUCUCUUUAGCUGACUUUAUCCUCACCUGCUUGGCUAUCUCCAAAAUCACUCAGCUAUUGGUGUCAUUGUUUGAAUCAUUUAUGAUGGGAUUAAAUCCACCUUUCUAUUCCACUUAUAAACUAGCAAAACCUGUUGCUUUGCUUUGGAGAAUAACUAAUCAUUUGGCCAUCUGGUUUACUACCUGCCUCUGCCUAAGCAUUUUCUACCUCCUUAAGAUAGCUCAGUUCUCCCAUUCCCUUUUCCUCUGGCUGAGGUGGAGAAUGAACAGAGUGGUUCUCGCAAUUCUUGUAUUUUCUUUGUUCUUUCUACUGUUUGACUUUCUAUUGCUAGAAACAUUUAAUGAUCUCUUCUUGAAUAUCUAUGCAAUGGAUGAAAGUAAUCUGACUUUAUAUAUAAAUGAAAGUAAAACUUUUUAUAUUAAGACCCUGAUUCUUCUUAGUUUUUCCUAUAUCAUUCCUAUUGUUCUGUCCCUGACCUCAUUGCUUCUUUUAUUUCUGUCCUUGGUAAAACACAUCAGGAAUCUGCAUCUCAACUCCAUGCGCUCCAGGGACUUCAGCACACAGGCUCAUAAAAAGGCCAUUAAAAUGGUGGUGUCUUUCCUCUUCCUUUUCACAGUUCAUUUUUUUUCCAUACAAUUGUCAAAUUGGAUGCUUUUUUUAUUUUGGAACAACAGGAGCACAAAGUUUAUCAUGUUGGCCAUAUAUGUCUUUCCCUCAGGCCACUCAUUAAUUUUGAUUCUGGGAAACAGCAGGCUAAGACAGACAGCCUUGAAGGUACUACGGCAUCUUAAAAGCUCCCUGAAAAGAGAAAAACCAAUUUCCUCUUUACAGAAAGACCUUCCAAAGCCUUUCUAA